AACUUUGUCUCGGAUGGCAAGGGAUGCAUUGGCUGUCCCGGUUUCUACGGUUUCAUCUGAAGCAGCUUUUAGCACUGGAGGUAGGGUGCUGAAUGAUUUCAGGAGCUCUUUGACUCCUAGGAUUGUUGAGGCUCUUAUUUGUACUCAGGAUUGGCUCCGGGCAGAAUCUAGUGUGUGUCUAGUUGAAGAAGAUUCAGAGGAGAUUGACAAUAUCGAUGAAGAGUUGAGCAUGAUUAUGAAGGCUAUUGGUAUAUCUGAUGUUCCACUUCCCCGUAUCCAUACUCCUCGUAUGAGUCCUAAUGUAGAGGCAAGCGCAAACAUAUAAGGUAACA